CACUCGGUCCUCCAGCCGCUGCUCGAUGCGCUCCGCCAUGGCCGCGGCGCUCCGGAGCGUCCCCACACAGACCCGGCACAGACCCGGCACAGACCCGGCCCGGCCCGAGGCGCCGCCGCUUCCGCCCGCCCCGCCCCGCGGCCGCUCUGCCGCCCCCUGCCCGGCUGGAGGGGCCGCGCAGCACCCGCUGUCACGGAGCCGGAGAAUCCUUCGGGUUGGCAGCGACUCCUGCAGAUCAGCCAGUCCCACCCCCCUGCCAGGGCAGAGUCGCCUGGAGCAGGAAAUAGUGACAUGAUUUUCCAAGAAGUGACCAGACAGAAAAGCUACCAGGAAAUGGAGAAGCACCAUCCAGUCACAAGACCAAGAACUACAGUCUGGUGCUGCAUUGGGGGCUUGGUGGCUGAGGCAGCUCUGCACUGCAGCUGUCUCAUGCCAAGGGACCCCUUACCCCACAAGAACAAGUUCCUGAUGGAGACUGUCCCCCCUGGAGACUCCCUUGUCCUACUCAGCUGCCAAAGGCUCUGGGUCAGAGCAGGGUCAGCACAGCUGUCCCAGCACAGCCACCCCCACCAGUGAGCCAAAGCCUUCAGGCUCUUGGGACCUACAUUUCAGUGAGUUCACCUCCCAUGGAGCUCAGCUUUCAGUAAAUCAGCACAACAAUCCUGCUCAAAGUGUUGGUGAAAGAGUGUUAUUCAUAAUCAACAGUAAGUUAUUAAUUAUAUUGGGGCUGACAUUUUGAGAUGCACCAGUUCAAACUGAUUCUUGUACAGAUCCAAAGACUUUAAUGAAACAGCCCUUAAGGAGGACAACACUGGGGAGGAAAAGCAGCAUUAGCACACUGAAUCACUGAGCAAGAAUGUGAUUGGAAUUACUACACUGGAUUAACUUCAUUUGAGUAUCUCUGCAUCUGAUGGCAUGAUUUUAUACUAUAAAAGCAUUCUGUAUUUAGAGCUAAUCUGUCAUGGUGCACUUAGAUCACAACAUGUAAAUGAGAACACCACAUGCAGUGUAGGAGUUCAGAACUUAAAAGGUAAAU